AUGCCUUCCUUAACCACGAGAUCCGAGAGGGCCCGUCGGUCUCGGUCAACAUCUCCAAUCGGCCCGCCCAUGUCUCCCAUAACGCCUCCUCUUGCCCCGACGCAGGCUCCAGACCCUGCUCCGGCUGCAAGCACCCUGUACCCAGGGCGCCAGCUCUUGACGCACGUAUCUCAACCUUCGCAGCAAAUCGGCAUCCCCCCCCCGCCUCCCGAGCCUUUAGACUUUGACUCGAACCCUGAUGUCAUAGCCCUCAAAGCUGCCAUCUCGGUACUGCAGGUUCAGAAAAGCAGGGCCACGGGCGACAUUCAAACGCUUCAUCGGGUACGGGAAGAGGCCUUGAACGAACCAGAAGCCUUCAUACGAGACCUGGCUGCCGAAAAGGUCAGACCAAGAGACGACUCCUUAUUCGAGGCUUCCGACAGCGAUGAUGAGGGAAAACAAAGGAAACCCGGCAGACCUUGUCAGGAACCGCAUGGGAAACCCAGGGCUUGGUCUUCGCUGCCGAAGCCUCAGGACGUGGUUCGAUGCCCCCCUAUUAACUGGGCGCAGUACGCCGUUGUUGGAGAAUCACUCGACAAGCUCCAUGCCGAGCAAGUGCACCGCCCUUCACAAGGCAGCCCGGCUGUUUUCGGAUCGGCCGGCCUGUACGAAGUCAAAAAUGAAGGAAAGCAGGAGAAGUACCCAGGAGUGGCGGCGCCAUAUACUCCAGGCAAGGACAUUAUUGACCGAGACUCGAAGAGUAAGAGAUGA